CCGAAUAACGCGCUUCACUGUGGAGAUUAAAUAAUAUCGCCCCGAGAUUUUCUAAUACGAAUUCUCCACAAUCUAUUUAGUUCAUAUAUCAGUUGGUUUUUUACAUUUUAUCGUAUAAACAAAAGGGCGUCAAUACAUUUUUUUUGAAGAUCAUUGAUGUAUUAUCGAAUAAUUUUGGAGCUGAUCUUAGUAGUACCUGGUUAAUUAUUAAUGAUUUUGUUGAUUUGAAAUUAACUAAAGUUUCAGGUAAUUAGCACUAAGAUGGCGAACUACAGCGGAGGUGAAUAUUAUGAUUAUCUGAAUGAUAUAGUGAUUUGUGGAAAUAAAAGUACAGCGUUACCAGGUUGGUGUCCAGAAAUUUUCGAUAGCAUCCUUUGCUGGCCUGAAACACCACCUGGAACUAUUGCCAAUCAAUCAUGUCCUUCACAACAAACUCAUUUGGCUUUUAAAAAAUGUUUGGGAAAUGGAUCUUGGUACGUCAACGAGGAAAACGUUACUUGGACCGAUUAUCAACAUUGUGCUAGAUCUUCCGAUGAAGUUUUAGAGUUUUAUAGAUGCAUUAAUUUCCUGUACAUCAUCGGAUAUUCUAUAUCGUCAGUGGCUUUGAUAAUAUCGAUAAUAAUAUUUUUUUUAUUUAGGACCCUACGAUGUACAAGGAUAAGGAUCCACAUCCACUUAUUUAUCUCAUUUACCAUAAGUAACAUGUUGAAUAUUUUAUGGUACACCAUGGUAGUAACAAAUGUAAAUAUUACAAGUGCAAAUCCUGCUUGGUGUCAGCUACUCUACGUAGCCAAAGAAUACUUCAUGGUAGCCAACUACAUGUGGAUGUUCUGUGAAGCGCUCCACCUCCAUAUAGCUUUAGUUCUAGUGUUUCUCGCUGAAGAAAAAACCAUGAAAUGGUUCUAUGUCAUAGGAUGGGGCAGUCCAUGCUUUAUAAUUCUAGUUCAUAACCUCGUUAGAGUGUUUUACAGCCAGGAUACUGGCAGGUGUUUUAUGGAAGAAAUAUCCUUCAGUACCUGGUUUAUCAGUGUCCCUAUUGUAAUUACGUUGGCAUUUUCUAUGAUCUUCCUGUUCAAUAUCUUAAGGGUAAUCCUAACAAUCAUGCAUCCGACGUCGCUAAAUCCAGCUACAGCCGGGAUGAAAAAGGCAGUGAGGGCUGCAUUUAUUUUGACACCGCUAUUUGGACUCCAGUUUAUUUUAAUUCCUGUUAAACCCCAUUCGCAGCACCCCAUGUAUUACGCUUACCAGUACGUUAGUGCGGUUAUCACAGCUUUCCAGGGUCUUUGUUGUGCAAUCCUCUUCUGUUUCGCCAACCACGAAGUCCAUCAGGCAUUCAAAAGAAGCCUCCAGAGGAAAAUCAACUUUCAGAACACCAGGUCGACGCCUUAUCCGACAGCAGAUAGCGCUACGGCCGCUCCAAUAAUAAACGGACACACAAAAGGGCAUGUCCAGAAUGGAAAUGCUAUACCUUUGCUCUCUAUGUACCGAAACUCUUAUACCGCAGCAGAAAAAUAGCAAUGUAACUGCUAGAGUCUGGAUUCAAAUUUCUUUAGGGACUGCUACAUAUGUUUUUAUUUUCAAUAAAUAUAGCAAAGAAAUUGAACGGUAUUUUAAGUACAAUAAAAUACGAUGUCUUGGUAUAAUUGGAAAUAAAAUUGAUAGAAGUGAAAUGCAAGAAUAAGAACGACAUCUACAUGUUUGAAAGUGUGUAGACUAUUUCUUAGGCAUUCGUUUUUUCUCUGUUAUCGAUUAUCUUUAUAUUUGUUCUUUAAACAUGAUAAUCGAUAUGUGAUUUUAAUUUAUAUGUUUAAUUUAUGAUUUUUCCUAUAUUUUUGUAUAUUUAUUUUUAGAUUAAUAACUUGGUAUCUUUUCAAAUAAAGUUUAAUAAAAAGCUUA